AGAGGGAGUAAUAAAGGGUGAAAAAAUGAAGCGAAAGUAACGCAAAGGAGCCGCUGUCGGUAGCAGCCGCCGCCGCUGGUAGAGCUUAAACAGCCUCAAGGAUCCAGAGGGUUCUUGGCCCCCAUUUCCGCAAUUGUUGCCACCUGCUUUUAGUUCCCAUUUCCUCAAUUGGGGCCAUCUGCUUUUAGUUCCUCUUCUUCACUCGCGGAGUUAUCAAAGCUUCAGAUUUCUUGCUUCUCCGCGGCAGUUUGCUAGGGGUCGGAGUGCCGGAGCCAGAGCCACGCGGGAGUUUGAGCUGGAUUGGUUCUUCAAUUGAGCGUGGCGGCCGGCGUCAGGUAGAAGUUUCCAUGGUUCUUGGUUUGUUGUUGGAGUGUAGGAGAUAACACGGGGAAGGAGAUUGCGGGAGGGUAACGGAGGUCGGGGAGCUGGCGGCGGGCCACGGGAUGAUGGAGCCCCAAGUGGUGGACCUCGAGGAUGACAGCAUCAACUUCUGGGCCUCCCUCGGCGUCAGCCCCCACGUGGACCAGAUGCCGCUGCACAGCGUCCAUAUUGUCGACCACCAAGCUCAGUCAGCGCUGGCAGCUGCGGCUGCGGCGAUACAGCCGCAGUCCGUCUGCAGGGACCUCUUCCCGGUGGAGUCCGACGCCUGCCUGGAGCCUCGGCUGGGGAUGGAGUUUGAGUCCGGUGAGGCUGCCAAGACCUUCUACAUUGCCUAUGCUGGCCGUGUUGGUUUCUCUGUUCGCAUUGCCCGGUCACGCAAGUCUAAGUGCAGUGAGUCCAUAAUCAUGCUAAGAUUUGUGUGCUCAAGGGAAGGGUUCAGUAAGGAGAAACGUGUGGUCACAGCUGGGAAGAAGACGAGGAAGCGCCCUGCCUCCAUCAGGGAGGGUUGCAAUGCCAUGCUCGAAGUGCUCCGCAGAGGUGAUAGCAAGUGGAUUGUCACCAAGCUUGUCAAGGAGCACAAUCAUGAGGUCGGGUUGCCCAGUCGAGUGCAGUAUAUUGCCAUCGAGAGUGAUACUGUGGUUGACCCUUACAUUGGUAUGGAAUUCGAGUCCCUUGAGUCUGCCAAGACAUUCUACUACUCGUAUGCCAGCCGUGUGGGAUUUGAAGCUCGUGUACGCCAGUCCCGCAAGUCACAGGAUGAGUCACUCAAGAUGCUGAAGCUUGUGUGCUCAAGGCAUCGGUACCAUUCUGGACGGGAGAGCAAUGGAGAGGAUACCAAGAGAGUACGUGCGAUGGACCCCUCGAGGGAUGGUUGUGAUGCAUUGUUUGAGAUAAUUCGGAAGGGAAAAGACACCUGGACAGUCUCCAAACUCAUCCUAGAGCAUACCCAUGAGCUGAAACCAGCACCAGCAAGUAGAGUUCACUGUGUUCGCUCGCAAGGUGAGGUACUUGUCAUUGCAAAUAACUUUUCUGACACUCGUAAUCUCCUUCUGAAUGGCCAAGAUUCUCAGCAUCCAAGAGAGGUGAGGUAUAAUGAUUUAGGGCCAGAGGAUGCUCAAAGCUUAUUUGAAUACCUUAAGAAGAGACAGGAAGAGGACCCUUCAUUUUUCUAUGCUGUGCAGUAUGAAAAGAAUGGGCACUCCACCAAUAUCUUCUGGGCUGAUGCUAAGGCUAGGAUGGCUUACUACCAUUUUGGUGAUGCUGUUAGGUUUGAGACAACGUAUCGGAAAAACAAGGAGACUAUCCCUAUUGUCAUAUUCUCAGGUGUUAAUCAUCAUGUGCAGCCUGUUGUUUUUGGCUGCGCACUACUUCUUGACGAGUCAGAAGCAUCAUUUACAUGGUUGUUUGAGAAAUGGCUUGAAGCAAUGCACAUGGGUCCACCUGUUUCUUUGCUAACAGAGUUGAACCGAGGAAUGGCAGCUGCUGUUGCCAAGGUAUUGCCCAAUACCCACCAUAUUUUCUGUGAAAGGCAUAUCUUAGACACAAUGAAGGAGGAUCUACAUGGUACGUUUCCGGAUCCAGUGGCUUUAGUAACUGAUCUAAGGAAGUGCAUUGAUGGGUCCAGAAUAGAAGAACUGUUUGACUCAGGUUGGAACUCGGUCAUCAUAAAGCAUGAACUCAGCAACAAUGAGCUUUUACAGUCUCUCUAUGAUAUUCGCCAACGAUGGGCCCCAGCAUACACGAAAAAUGUAUUUUAUCCCAGAAAUCUGAUGCCAACAACCUUUGGAAGUAUUGAGAAGGCUAUUCAGAAGUACUUUUCGUCCAAGACUGAAUUGCGGGUGGCUGUUUGUCAACUUGGACAAGUAAUUUCUAGUUCAUUUGAAGCUGAAGUUCAGGCAGAUUAUUUCACAAUGUUUCAAAUGCCAGCGUUGAGUACAGCCUCACCAGUAGAAAAACAAGGGAGUUCAAUAUUCACUAGCACAAUUUUUGGCUUAUUUCAGGGGCAAUUUGUUGAUUCUUUUGGGUACCACGCAGAGAGACUUGAGGAUGACACAGUACACAAGUAUCGUGUUAACAGAUAUGAAGGUGAUGAGGAGAUACAUACUGUCUAUUUCAAUCCUGAUCAAGGUACGGUGAAUUGUAGUUGCUGCCUGUUUGAGAGCUGUGGUAUCUUGUGCAGACACGCUCUUCGGAUUUUCAUUAUCGAAGGAGUACAUGACCUUCCAAAGGCUUAUAUUCUGAAACGUUGGACAAAGCAUGCAAAAAAUAUUGACACCUCUGAUAAUUACAUUGAUCUGAGGGGGGACCGUGAUGAUCCUUCAACUGCAAGGUUCAAUGAUCUCUUCUGUCAUGUGGUAAAAUUUGCAAAAGAAGGUUCAAAAUCUGCUGAAAUCUAUGCAGUCGCUAAAGAUUCACUGUCCAAGGCUUUUGAUGAGGUAGUUCAGUCAUCGAAGAACUUCAGAGGGCAGCAAAAUCUGCAAAGCUAUACAAUGUCACUGAAAAGGUCAAUCAAGAAGUUUGGUAAGGGCAGAGAUUCCUCCGAUAAAAGCUCAAAGAGGUCAGCAUCUAAACAUCCCCUAAUGGAGUGUGAUGAUGUAGAUGACCAAAUAUAUUGAAUUUGGGAACAAUAUGAUUUUACCUGUCAUACCUUGUGUGUAGCAUCAUGCAAUCUAAUAGUACCAAUUAGAUUGUAGCUGACUGCAGAAUUUGGUUAUUAACAGAUCUAGUAACUGUAAGGGUUCUAGUGAACCCCUAACAUUCAGAGAUUAACGCUCAAAAGAGUUGUAGAAAGAUGCCUUUUUUGAAACAUUUAUAAAUACUACUGCAGAUAGACCAUUUCUUUAUGGGAAGCUGUGAUCUUUGAUUUCCA